AUGCAUUGUUACCCGGCUUUCCCAGUGCUGUCAUUCAACCGCCAGGCUUCGGAAAAAUUCUCUGGACUCAAUUCUUCGUCUCCACUAUACAUCCUGCUAUACACCACAAUUCACACCGAACUUCACCACCACCACAAUUCCGCUGCGAUGGCCAAACGAAAGAGAGCCGGCCUUGUGAAGCUCACAAAUCUUCCUAUGCUCCAAAACCUCAUCCGCCGCGACCCGCCCUCCUACCAUGAAGAAUUUAUCCUACAAUACCGACACUACGAGUCGCAGCGCGAUAUCUUCAUGUCCCAGCCGGAGGGGAAUUCCGGCGAGACCUUCGCAGAUCUAGUCGGGUUUAUGUCGCAGGUGACCAGCUGCUACCCAGACCUUACAGAGAACUUCCCGAACGACUUGGCCGGACUACUGUCAAAGCACCACAACGUCCUCCACCACGAACUUCGGGAGAAACUCGUCCAGAGUCUGGUGUUGCUCAGGAAUAAAGACGUUAUCCCUUCGGCUACGCUUUUGCAGACUCUUUUCCCGAUUUUAACGACUACGACGAGCAAAGCACUCCGCGCACAGAUCUACUCUACCGUUACUAGUGAUUUGCGCAGUUCGAAUGCGAAGAUCAAGAAUCACAAAUUGAAUAAGGCAGUGCAGACGGUGUUGUUCGGGCUUGUGGAGGCGGGUAAGGACGAUGCUGGGUCUACGGCGGGUCUGUGGGCGGUGAAGUUAACGAGAGAAUUGUGGAAGAGAAGAGUAUGGGGUGAUGCAAGGGCUGUGGAGAUCAUGAAGGAAGCGAGUCUCUGCGCCAAUUCGAAGGUUAUGGGCGGUGGGAUUCGUUUCUUUCUGGGUGUGGAUCAGGAGAUGGAUGAGCAGGAGGAUAGUGAUGACGAAGGGGUAGAUAUUGGAAGGGCGAAGCAUCAGGUCGGGAUCAACAAGAAGACGAAUAAGAAGAAAAGGCAAUUAGAGAAGGCGUACGCUCUACUGAAGAAGAAAGAGAAGAACAGGAAUAAGCCGCAUCCGCUGGACUUUUCCGCUCUACAUUUACUCCAUGACCCCCAGGGUUUCGCGGAGGCUCUGUUCUCAAAACAUCUUUCUCGUAACAAUAAACUCACGAUGGAACAGAAGCUGCUUGUCCUCCAGUUGACAUCCCGCUUGGUUGGUUUACAUAAGCUCAGUGUGUUGGGGUUAUACUCCUAUCUACUAAAGUUUCUUACCCCCCGUCAGCGGGAUGUUACACAAUUUCUUGUCUGUUGUGCCCAAGCUUCUCACGACCUUGUUCCGCCAGAUGUAUUGGAACCCAUAGUCAAGAAGAUCGCAGACGAGUUCGUCUCGGAGGGUGUUGCGGCUGAGGUUGCUACAGCAGGCCUUAACGGAAUUCGUGAGAUCUGUGCACGAGCUCCGCUGGCUAUGAAUGCCACACUUCUCCAGGAUCUUACGGAGUACAAGGGCUCUAAAGACAAGGGUGUCAUGAUGGCAGCGCGAGGUCUGAUCGGAUUAUAUAGAGAAGUCGCACCUGAAAUGUUAAAGAAAAAAGACAGAGGCAAGGCAGCAACCAUGGAUAUGAAGAACAGGGAGGAUCUACGCUUCGGAAUAGAAAAGGAGGGAGUAAUCGAAGGCUUGGACCUCCUGGAACAAUGGAAAGCGGAGCAAAAACGACUCAAAAUGGCAGCAAAAGAUGAUGACGACACAAACCGGGCAGGGUGGGAAAUUGAAGAUGAUAGUGAGGAUAAUGAGACGGGGUGGAUCAACGUAACGAGCGACAACGAAAUCGAAAUUAGUGACUCGGAAGACGAGGAGGAGGAGGAGAACUACAAGCCGAAAAAGAAAACCAAAGUCGAUGAUGAAGAGAAAGAAGUCUUACCGGGGGAAACAGAUAUGGAAGAGAAAAAAUUAUCAACGCUAGCGACUACCAAAAUUCUCACACCGGCAGACUUUGCAAAGCUAGCAGAAUUAAAGACGGCAGCAGGGUUGGAAAGACUCAUGGGCAAAAAAAUCACAAACGAAGAUGCCGUCGAGGUAGACGCUAUCAAGGGCCCGCAAAGGCGCGGGAAAUCGGAUAAAGAGGCCCGGCUCGCGGCGGUCAUGGAAGGCCGUGAAGGGCGGGAGAAGUUCGGCUCCAAUAAGGGGAAACGGGACAAGGCGCACAGCACUACGAAUAAGGAAAAGGCCCGGAAAAAGAACUUUAUGAUGAUGAAGAGCAAGGCGAAGGGUAAGCAGAAGAGGAGUUUGGUGGAAAAGCAACGGGCACUCAGGGCGCAUGUGGAGAAGCAGAAGAAAUCGAAGCGGAAGGGAUAGGCUGGCUUGAGGCCUGUAUGUAUCAUAGGUUUGGUAGUGAUGAGGGUGCGAUUUUACCUGUUGCGAUCCUCAAAUUUUAUAUUAAGUUAGAAUGUAAAAGUAAUUGCCAAUAAUGAAAUAUUAGUACGAUACCCCCGAGAUUGUUAACAGUAGUACUGUACCGGCAGGGGAAUAGAGUCCACGAGACGAAGUGCAUUACGCGCCGGGGUCGGGGUUUUACAACGAGUAGUUUGCCAUUUUGUUAACAUAGAAUACCGGUAUUUCGAUAUUUGUACUCUUCCUGUAGACACAUGUCAAUUAAGAACUGGAAAAAUGGUGUAUUAUCUAUCACACGUUCUAUCAUAGGUGUUCGGCAUGCCGCAAAUACAUGCCACAAAUACAUAGUAUAAAAAAAAAUUUAUCCAG